UCUCUCAACGUCCGCCAUUUCAGUUUGAGACCUGGAUGGGUUAACCGAAAGAGUUUAUAUUUUAACAAAGAAAAAGUUUGCAAGAGCUUUCUGUGGGAGCCGAAGUUUUUGUAUGAGUUGACUGGAGUAAGGAGGAGGAGGAGGAGGAGAAGCAGCGAGGCCUGAAAGAAACCCUUGAGCAGGACUGAAUUUAGCCAUGGCUGGGCAUUUUGACGCCGAGGACCGUGAUAGCUGGUACUGGGGACCCAUGAACCGUAAGGACGCCGUGUCGCUGCUGCAGGGCCAGAGGCACGGAAUGUUCCUGGUCAGGGACUCGACUACCAGCAAGGGGGACUAUGUGCUCUCUGUGUCGGAGAACUCCAAAGUUUCGCAUUAUAUCAUCAACAGCGCCAGCAACAACAGACAGUCCGGAACUGGUCCGGCUCCAUCUCGAUUCCGUAUUGGCGAUCAGGAAUUCGACACGCUCCCAGGCCUGCUGGAGUUCUACAAGAUCCACUAUCUGGAUACCACAACGCUUAUCGAACCCGUCGCGGCACGUUCAAAGCACGCCAGCUUGAUUGGACAAGCGCCUGCGGGUGUCCCAGCGAGGCAAGACGAGUCUGAGUUCGUCCGAGCGCUCUUUGACUUCCCAGGCAGCGACGAAGAGGACCUGCCUUUCCGCAAAGGGGACGUCCUGCGAGUGCUCGAGAAGACCGAGGAGCAGUGGUGGAGCGCUCAGAACGCUGAUGGACGCAAAGGCUUGAUCCCAGUGCCAUAUGUAGAAACCUACAGACCUGCUUCGCCAGUCUCUUUAGGCGGAGGUCCCGCAGGGCAGGCGCCGUCUGCCCUCGGAGUGGUCUCUGAUGACAACGGAGCUCCGCUUCCUGGAAAGCUGGACUACGCCCAGCCUGUGGUCAACACACCGCUCCCCAACCUUCAGAACGGGCCUGUGUACGCCAAGGCCAUCCAGAAGAGGGUGCCCAAUGCGUAUGACAAGACUGCACUUGCACUCGAGGUGGGCGACUUGGUGACGGUAACAAAGAUCAACGUGAACGGCCAGUGGGAAGGCGAAUGCAAGGGCAAGAAAGGCCACUUCCCCUUCACACAUGUCCGCCUGCUCGACCAGCAACAGCCUGAGGAAGAGAGCUGAGAAACAUACAAAUACACACACACACAGGCAUAUGUCCCUGCAGUUUUAAACACUUAUCCUUUUUUUUUGUGUGUGUGCCCACUCCAAAAUUGUUAAAUCUUUGCUAAAUCUAAAAUCCAGACCUAGCCACAUCAGAACUGGACGAUCCCCGCCAUGCAAACACUCGGAUAUCAAGUUUCACUUAAGACACAAUAAUUAACCAAGGGUGUAGAGUGUGUACACACAUCUGUGCUACAGAGCACCAUUUAAUGACACUCACAGGUUUAGGCACAGAUUAGUCACAACUGUGACUGGUGAAUGAAUGCAUACGCAGUAGGAACAUUUGGACAAAGAGAUCAUCUGCCACAAGCCUGCUGAAAGAGAGCGAGAGUCUUUCACAUGUUAAAAGUGAAGACUGGAUUUGCAAGUCCCUCAUCUAAAGCAAUGUCCUGAUGUGGUACUAACACUAUCAGUCACCCUGUAUACUGACAUAUGGAAACUAUGAUUAUGAGGAACAAUGUGCUAUUACUUGAGAUAUUUGUUUUUUUUUAUUUUAAUGACCUACUUUUUACAUUAGUCUUUUAUUAGCUUUGUCAUUCCUGACUUGAUGCAUUUCCACAGGAUUUUUUCAGGAAUAUUUGUUUGCCAAUAGGACCUUUUGAAAAAGGAAUUCCUCAGGAGAUGUUGGGAUUUCACAUUCCAAGGUUUCUGUGAUUCAUUUGCAGGAAUGCGAGAACUCAUGAUAUUAUCAAGAGUUAAGGAAAAGGCUUACUUUCCUUUUUUUUUUUUUUAUUGUCCACAUCCAUCUCUGUUUGAUAUUUCUGCCUUUUUCUAAUUAAUAUUAGUGGAAGAAAGUUUAGAGACGAUGCAAAACCGUGUAUACACCUCCAUUAAGCAGUUUAAUUGUAACUUAAACUACACCCUUUACUCCCGAAAAACUGACCCCACAGAAACACUAACCACACAAACAGAAACUGACCACACUCUUCCACAUACACCUUAUCUCUGACCACUCCCACAUAAUCUCUAAUAGGAACUCUGAAUCUCCCAUGAAGCUCCAAUCACGGCCAUUUACUCCCACGAAACUGCUGACCACGCCCGUUUACUCCCACUGCAAUGCUGGCCACUUCUAUUUUCUCCCACAGAAACGCUGACCACACCCGUGUACUCCCACGGAAACACUGACCACGCCCGUGUACUUCCACGGAAACACUGACCACGCCCGUGUACUCCCACGGAAACGCUGACUACACCCGUGUACUCUCACAGAAACUAUAAUACAAAGUUGCAAAUUUCACGUUUCUCUUAAUUAGCUAAUGAUUAACCAUUAACAUUUCUAAUAUAUACUUUGGCUUCGUCUACCUACUGACGACACCUACUUCCACUGUGUCUGCCCGCUAUCACAGAAACUGACAACGCCCACUUUCUACCUCAGAAAAUGGCCACAUGCACCCAGUCCUACAAGAACUUACUCCUUCUUGCAUUUCUCAGGGAAACUGCAUCCCUCUGCUCCAAUAAAAAGUUUGCCUAUUAUCUUAAACAAAAACCGACCACACCCACUCUCUCUCUUUUGAAACUUGCUUUUCCGCUCAAUUUAAUUUCCUUGUCAUUCCCCCCUUAAAAUAAGUUUUGUUAUUCCUCUAGGACUCUAGUUUUACAAUUCCACACAUCACCAGCAUUCUUUCUUUUUUUUUGGUUGGGUAGAUGUUUAUGCUACCACUGUGAGCAGUAACAUUUAUUCUGCUUUAUUAGGGACCGUUCUGUGGGAUACAGCGGAUCUGUGCAUAUAAAGAAAGGCAGUACAGAUAGACACAGACAGGUGGAGAAUGUGGGGUGUCACUGCUGUCUUGCUCAUGCUCUUUUUGCUGAGUAAGUGACACAGAAAGACCAGCGCACAGUCAUGAACAUUUCAUCGGUGCUGGUUUGAACAGGUCCUUUUCCUUUGCUUUGAAUUACAGUGUAAUCUAUAAUUAUGGGAUUUCCAUUAGUUAAGGGUGGGUUUUAAUAUUAAUAUACAAAUUUGGUUAUAGGGUAAGAAUUUAAGAACUGAAAUCAGGAUGUAUUGUAUCAGAUUAAAUGCUGAACUGAAAUUAAAGCUAAAGCUCACACUGAAAGUAUUAUGCUUAAUAGUGUCAUUUGAACAUUUUUUGACGAUGAAAUAUGGGUAAACAAGCAGUUGAAUACAUGACCCUCUUUUCCUUCACUAAACACAGAAGCAUACACUGAUUAGGCAUAAUGUUAGAAUGCAAAACAGUAAGCUCAGUAUUGUGUUGGCUCCUUAUUUGCCCCCGUGCCAGCUCUGGCCUCUCAGGGCACGAGUCCGCAUGACGUCACUAGACCUCUGGCGGUGUGCUGUGGUGUCUGGCACCAGGAUGUUGGCAGUGGAUCCUUUGAGCGCUGUGAGCCAAGGGGUGUGGCCUCCGCUGAUCGGACUUGAGCAGUCGGAGUUUCGAGGCUAGGUCGGCUUGCUGGACAUCAUGUGUAGCAGACUGUGAUGCACAGGGUGUUCUGAUGUCUUUAUAUCAAGACCAGCAUUGACUUUCAGUCAUUUUUGCUGCAUUUGUUUUCUGUGAGAAACGAGAUGGGAUCAGGCCAUGAUUCUUUUACCUGUUUACUCGCAUAUAAUUAAUAAUCGAUGCUAAAGUUUUAAUGUUAUGUGGAGGUAAUGCUAUGGCUGAUCUGUGUACUGUUUCCACAGUAUAAUUUUAUACUUUCAUUUUUUUUUUUUUUUUUUUUAAAUGGUGUGAUUUUUUUUUUUUCUUAUUACUUCUUACGUGGUACAUUUCCACAGAAAGAGGCAAUUUGAGCAUUUUUAUUAACCAUUUUUUGACAAAAAUUAACAAUUGGAUGCCAGUUUAUGACGUAAAAUGUUGACAUUCCCUGGCACAUGAUGUAAUCUCUAGUCAGUUAGUUGAUUUAAUGACUGGAUGAGGAUUUAAUCUUAGUGGUUUGCAAGUGCUCUAGUAUUCUCACACAGCAGCGUAUAUAUGACUUGGUUAUUUCUGUCCAGUAUUGUGUGCUAUUCUCGUUCAGAACGUUACAGAGGUUUAACACAUACCAGACGGCGCCCCAUGACAGCUUUGCAGCUGCGAGGUUGCAUAUGUCAAAUACGGAUAUGACUAAUGCAUGUCAAGAGAGACCUCACAGUGUUGUCUUUAACACUGACUCACGGACUUUCCCAUGGUACAUUCUAUUUGGGUUUACUCAAGCAAGGUCCUGUUUAGUCCUGGAUGGCUGUAGAUUGACCUAGAAACCACUGUGGUUUUAAUGUUAGUUUUUAUUAUAACUCAAGCGGGAUAGGUCUCUGCUGGAAACACAAAAUUGAUUUAAGAAAAACAAAACAAAACGCCAAAAAUGUCAGGUAAAGCCAAAGUUAUCAAGAUCUUACUUUUAAAACACAUACAUUUACCGACUACCUGAAUGUGGGAAGAAAUAGGUAGUUUUUUAGUCAUAGAAACAACUGAAAAUAACCAUAAAAACACAGUCAUAUGUAACAGUUUCAUUGCAUCUAUUUUUUUUUUUUCCUGUGUUUUUCCUCCUUUUUUUUGCUUGGUCAUGUUGAUGCAUUUGGUUAAAAUGAAAUAAAAAAAUAAUAAUUUCAACAUACUACAUAGAUUGUGCUAAAUAUAAAGGAUACAUCACUCUAUAUUGCACAAUCCUGACCCCAGUAUAUUUAUUACAAUAUUGUAAUGCACAAAAAGGGUUUUAAGGAUCAUGCAAAGCUAACCAGACUGUGCUAAUCGUUUCCUGUUGUAAUAAUAUAUUGACAUCAUGAUGUUGUUACUCUCUAUAUCACGUGCAGUCAUGAGAGGAAGUGGGUGACAGGGGUGUUGAUAAACAAUACUGAACCUAGGCUUUGGAUGACGACAUGGUAUUGAUGUUACAAUUUAUUAACAUCAUUCUAUGCUAAUCUGGAAAUAUGGAAAUUAUCAGAUGUCAGCGCUCCUGUAACUCUGUAGUUACUCGCUGUACCAAGUUUUUGAUUCGACUUUAUUGUAGGUGUUGUUGGUUCAUUAUCCUGUCUUACAUGCAUUCAUUUUUGUACAUUUUGUAAUUUUUUUAUUUUUGUAAAUAUUUUAAAAAUGUACGAACUCUGCUUUUUCAUGACAUGUUUGCAGAGUAUAUUGUGUUUUAUGCCUUGCUUAAAAAAUUGUGAUGCAUAGUGUUAUUUGUGAAAAAGUAUUACGGUACAAAAUAUCUCCAUCUGUUCCUAAUAAGGUUAAUCACUCACUUUUUUAUACCCCUUAUUGAGAUUACAGUGUUUAAGCCUUUUCUUAUUAUUAUUAUAUGUUUUACUUUUUUUCCCUGGUGCAUUUCCAUGUUUUAACAUUUUUUUUUCUUAAAGAGGAAGCAUAACGAUGCUUUUCCCCUGAUUAUCACAAGGUUAAUCAGCAUUUCACACUCUAUACUAGUUUUUCCGUUAUUUUAUUUACACACUGUCUGUUGGCAGAAUCUAAUUCUUUCUCUAUAGAUACUAAACUGAGAAAAUCUCAUGCUUUAAAAAAAAGACAUCUUUCUGAAACCACUCUAUUUAUGUUUAUAAAUGCUCUGAGAUAUUCGUCUACACAAAUGUGUAUUUGUAUGCUUUGGACUGAGAGUUGUUUUUACGCGUAUGUAGUAAAUGUUAAAGACUUUCUAGAGGAACAGGAUGUUGUAGAUAAAAAGUCGUUCAUCAGCCACGCAAAAAGGUCGCUUCUAGGUUUUCUGCGUUUGUCCAAAACAUCCAGUUUUUCAACUUUUACUACACUUUUAAUAAAUAGUUAAAUACA